GGAUGUUUCACAUUUCAAAUCUCUGCAUUGGCCUCAACAGAAAGAAGCCGCAGAGGCAACUGUGAUGAGAGGAGAAGAAAAAUGGAAAUAAGUGACGACCAAGUGAUGUCACAGAGAGUUUGGUGAAGACAUGAGCUCAUCGAACACAUUUCGAUGGAGUCCUCUUUCAACGGCGUAGAGCUCCGGGAGCUGCGGGGCGGAGAAGGCCGGCGAGGCGUGUCUCCGACACGGGUCUCGGCGCCCUGGACUGCAGGAACAGUGGGCGGCGCAAACCGAGGAUUCGAGAACGUCUCCUUUCAGCAGGACGAGGAGCAAAACCACCACCAGCAGCAGCAGCAGCAGGAGGAGGAGGAGGAAGAGGUGAGCUGCCCGCCUUCGACGUCAGGCAACAUCAAGCAUCAGCAUCAGGAGCUCUGCCCUCAGUCGUACGAUGAGGAGGAAGGAGGUGGAGCGCAGGAGGACGGAGGACAGGACUUCACCGAGCUGAAUCCGGCCGACGACCACUCUGCGGAUUACGGCUUCGUCUUCGCCCUGGUGUUCCUGGUGAGCGGGAUCGUCCUGGUGGUCAUCGCCUACACCAUCCCCAGAGAGGCCAAAGUGGACCCGGACUCGGUGUCGGCCCGGCAGAUGGAGAAGCUGGAGAUGUACUACGCCCAGCUGGGCUCCCACCUGGACAAGUGCAUCAUCGCGGGCCUGGGCCUGCUGACCCUGGGCGGGAUGUUCCUGUCCGUGCUGCUCAUGGUGUCCAUAUGCCGCGGUGAGAUGUACCGUCGUAGGGUGGCGUUCAUCCGACCCAAGAGGACUUACGGCUCCAUCAACCUGAGGAUGAAGCAGCUGGCGACAGGAGAGGCUGUAGAGGGCGGGGACGGAGGGGAGGAGUUUUUGGUGGAACACGCAGAGACGCGGAAUAACAUUCAACUGGGGCCGAGCCGGGACUCCAAAUCUGAACCGAGCAGAAACCCUCAGAGUGCUUCUUCUUCUUCUUCUUCUCCUUCAGCUGCUGCACACGGGGUCAACUAG